AUGAGGAAGAGGGUGAUGAGGAGAAAGAAGAAGGAGAAGGUGAGGAAGAAGAGGGUGAAGAAAAGAGUGGGGCAAAACAAAAGCAAAAGGACCAAAAAGAAACCAAAGAAAAAAGAAAAGAAGUCAAAGAAAGAACAAGAUAUAGACAGUGAAGAGGAAGAGGAGGAGGAGGAGGAAGAGGUAAAGUCUAAACAGAGAACCAAAAAGGGCGUGACAAAAGCAGAAAAAGGGAAAGAACAAAGAAAACCAAAGAAAGAGGCAAAGAAGAAAGAACAGAAGGAAGAGAGUGAAGAGGAAGAGGAAGAGGAAGUGAAACCCAAACAGAGAACCAAAGAACAGGUGCAGAAACAGAAGCAGAGAGGGAAGGACCAAAAGAAAGAUGAAAAGAAACCGAAACAAAUCCAGAAGGAAGAGACUGAUGAGGAUGAUGAAGAUGGUGAUGAUGAGGAUGAUGAAGAGGAGGAGGAGGAAUCAGAAGAGGAAGUGAAGGUAAAACAGACAUCAAAAGGGCUAGCCAAACAAACACAGAAAGAGAAAGGCAAGACUCAAAGGCAAGGAGGCAAAACUGCAAGAAAGCCCCAGAAGGGACGCAAAGAAGAGAGUGGAGAGGAUUCCGAGGAUGAGUCAGAUGAGGAAGAGGAGGAGGAAGAGGAGAAACCUGUGAAACUGAAACCAAGCGUUAAAGAACAACAGAAACCAAAACCCAGCCUGAAGGACAGGAAGAAAACAACAAAGGGAAAGGUAACGGACAGUGAGGAGGAGGAGGAGGAGGAGGAGGAGGAAGAAGAAGAAGAAGAAUCAGAAGAAUCAGAAUCAGAAGAAUCAGAAUCAGAGGAAUCAGAAUCAGAAGAAUCAGAAUCAGAAGAGUCUGAAGAAGAAUCAGAUGAAUCAGAUGAGGAAGAGGAGGAGGAAGAGAAACCUAGGAAGGGAAAGACUAAACCAAAAGCAGCUUCCUCAGGCAAGCAGACAGGUAGACAGAGCAGCAGACAGACAGGUAGACAGACAGGUAAGCCGUCAGGUAAGCCAUCAGGUAAGCCAUCAGGUAAGCCGAGAGCUGCAGGUAAACAGCAGACCAUUAAUGGAGCUCCCAACUCUGAAGGCUUCUGGAAUGAUGUCUUACCUCAGUACUUAGACCUCAGGUAGACACACCUCAGUACUUAGUGGUGCCACUUAGCACUUCGGACCUGUAACCGGAGGGUUGCCGGUUCGAACCCCGAUCAGUAGGCUCGGCUGAAGUGCCCUUG